AUGGACUCCUCUGAGCUAUACCACGUCAAGCAGCAAUUCAUCCUCGGUGCGUACAAGUCCCUCGCAGACUUGGCUCUCCCGGACCCUACAUCGCCGGACUACAACCCCACCCUCCUCUACAAAUGCCGCGCAUACAUCGCCCUCGACAAACCACACGACGCGCUUGAGCUCGUGCCCGACGACACAGACGACGUCUCGCUCAAGGCGGUGUCCGCCCUCGCGCGCUAUGUCGGCGCCGCCGACGCCGCCGCCAAAGACGCGUCCCUCGAGGAGCUGCGCGACCUCUGCGUGGAAAUCGAGGGCGACGACAUCGAGGCGGACGAGAAGCAAAAGGGCGUCGUGCGCGUGCUCGCCGGCACCGCGUUCGCCGUCGCCGGCGAGGUCGAGGAGGCGCUCGAGACGCUCGGCGUCGGCGCGAACGUAGACAACCUCGAAGCCGUCGCCAUCUGCGUGCAGAUCUACCUCUCCAUCAGCCGCCCCGACCUCGCGCGCAAGGAGUUCGAGCGCGCGAAGCGCUGGGCGGAGGACGACGUGCUCGUGCAGCUCAUCGAGGCGUCCAUCGGGCUCGCCACCGGGCGCGACGGCUACGCGGACUGCAACUCGUUCUACACCGAGCAGCUCGGCAACCCCUCGCUCUCGUCCCCGCACCUCCUCACCGCGCGCGGCGUCACGCGCCUCCUCCGCGGCGAGGUCCCCGCCGCGCAGUCCGACUUCGAGGAGGCCGUCGCGCAGCAGGGCGGCGCCGCGGACGCGGAGACGCUCGCGGCGAUGGCCGUCACGGCGGGCCUGGGCGCUGCGAAGCCCGCGGAGGCGGAGCAGCUUUGGAGGUGA